AUGGUGGGCCGCGAUCAGUUGAAGAUCGAGCGAGUAAUCGAUCGGAUCGUGGUGGUUUACUUUCUGGUGCGCAAAAAAAAAAUCGAGUUCACCGGGAUGUCUAGAAUCCUGACACUCGUGCCGUUCGUCCUGUGCCUUUGUCGCUCGGGAACACCCCAGGACAUGCACAUCAGCGAGGAAUUGGUGACGUGUGCACCGCUAGAUCGGUCCGAAAUGGAGCGCGUGUUUGCCGGUGCGGCGGACGACUUUUUCGGCAAAAUUACGGUCCUGUUUAAUGUUGCCCCACCGAAGCCGGUGCAGACGCCACGCGUGUUCAGCGAGCGUGAUCCGAUAUAUUACUACAAAAUUGACUACCGCGAACAGAUCAGGCACUACCAUAAUCUCUACCAGAUGUUUCAUAGCCAGAAGGAAGAAUACCGGAACGUGGUGCGGUUUUUCCUAAGUGCAUCGUUGCACCGCGUACCGUACGAGCUGGAGGAGUACAACUUCCCCGAGUUCUACGGUUCCGUAAAAGAGCUGGCGGGCGAAUACAAUCUCACCGUGUAUCCAAACCAUCUGUACGCAAACCGGACGUUUGCGCUGUUCGGCCUGCGGGAGUUUCAGGUGUAUGUCAUCGAUCGCUGCUCACGGGUAUCGUACAUCAUUCAACCGCCCUGGAGCCUCAUUCAGUACGCGUACGUGAAGGCGGCAGUUUUGUCCACAUUCUACGAUCAGCCUUGUGGUAAAUGCGAGCUGGAAAAUUUUCUCAACUCAACGCUGUUGGAGGAUGAAUUCCAUCACCAAGUAGUCGGUAGCAGUAACGUCAGCACAGAAUCAUCCACAGGUAGCGCAUCGCAAGCUACUAAACCGUACGAGGACGAUUCAGACGAAACAAAUGCCCACGAUAAGGAGGACGAAGAGGAGGAUGAAGAAGCUUAUGGCGAACGAGUGUCCAGUGAGGAGGAAGAAAGCUCCAAGGACGACGAAGAUCCGUUUGCGAACUUGAACGUUACGGGACCUGACCUCGAGCUGCCGUUAAACAUUAUUCUACCAGUGAUGCAUGUGCACGUGGCACCAGAAAACGACAGUGAGGCAGCGUCGGGAUACAAAUUGCAUCAGUACAUCGUCUUGAACUCUCAUCAAAGGGAAACUCACGCGGAUCUGUCUGGUUCACAGCAGCAAGAAGCGGAAUUGCAGGAGCUACCUUUGCCACCAAUGCAAAAUUCCACGGUGUCUAUCGAACCGGUGUCAGCGAACUCAACCAGCGUUGAGGACAAAAUACGGAUACAAGGCACAGACUGGUCCGCCGGUGAAUUGCGGCUUAUCCUUAAUUCAAGCUCAGUGCUGUACGAUCCAAAAGAACAGCGUAUUUUUGAGCGUCUGCGGCGCUACAACCUCAGCGAUCAGUCGCAGUACGACGAGGUGGCGGAAAUAGCCGUAUCGAACCGGUUGGAGGCGUGGAAGCGGCGUCGCGCUCCGGUCAAAGCGGAUCUCUCUCGUAAAAAUAAGCGAACACAGUUGAAAAAGCAUUACGCUCGCUUGAUUCCGUGGUUAAACUGGACGUUCGGAAAAACCAUUCCUCCAGGUGCUCCAGAUGCAGAGAUGCCGCAGAGCAGGACGAACAGCUCAGAGAGCAUUCAUUAGGA